UUAAUUCCGCAUCAGCAUUUAAGGACUGGAAGUUCACUUGGAUUUGUGUGGGAGUAGAUUUUCAAUGAUAUUUUAGCUUUCCCAAUUCAGUGUGAAAUUUCCCAUACUUAGAAAUUCAGUGUUUUUAUUCCAUGCCUGGCUUUUUCUGUUGCUUUUCCUGAAGCAGAUUGGACUUUCGUGUCCCUCAAAUGAAGCUGUGAACGCAAGAGUAAACAAAAUGAUAAAUUUGUGGCAGGUGAGACCGAUGGAGUAGGAUGGAAAGAUUAGGUAUAAUUGAGAACUAAUUUGACUCGAUAAAGAAGAGGAGGAAACGGUAAACUAGUGAUGCAAUUUAUCUUUAGAUUUUAUGAAGAAAAACCUUAAAAAUAAAAAUCUGUCAGUCUUUUGACUUCUGUUAUUCUGAUUUAAAGCUCCCUGGUUAUAAAUCCACCUUUGUUUUGGGUUUCUUCUUCUUUCCACAAAUUAGAUCUCUUCUGGUUAUUUGGGUAUUUUGUAAGAGGUAACAUUUGAGGUCCAAGCUGAAGUAAAUCAAUAAGUACAGAGAAAAAAAAACGAUAUGGGUAGCUGUGAAAAGAGAACAGAAGUUAGACAAUACGUUCGUUCUAAGGUGCCUCGCCUUCGCUGGUCCCCCCAUCUCCAUAGCUGCUUUGUCAAUGCGGUACAACGACUUGGAGGCCGAGAUAAGGCGACUCCGAAGCUUGUCCUUGAGCUGAUGAAUGUUAAGGGACUUACAAUCUCCCAUGUUAAGAGCCAUCUUCAGAUGUACCGGUCUACCAAGAAGGACAACGAGGGUUAUGCUGAAUCUGAGAUCCAAAGCUUUCCAUGGCAGCAGAUUUCAAGUUCCCAGGAGACCUAUUUUGACCCUGAACUUCCAAUGAAAAGAUUCUGGAGUGAAGAGCCCACAUCCUUUGCCAUGAAGACGGGUGAAACAAAAUCCACAAGUCCAGAAGAAAUUUCCUCACAACGUUCAAGUGUGACUAGGUGUUAUGAAGAUUACACAGAUAGUUCAGUCCUAAACCAAUAUGAUUUUCCUCUAUUCAAGCUGUAUGAAGAAAAUGGCUUGGAGAAACUUAUAGAAGAUGCAUGGCACAACAAGACAAGUCAUAAAACCAGAGAAGAACCUUAUGCAACUAAAUUUUCUGGUUCGAACAGUAAAUUCCAAACAGUAUUUGAGGCCAAUGAGGUUGAGCAUCUUGUUAGUUUAUUCUUAUCAAAUCAACAAUGCCACCAAACUGAGUUGAAUCGGCCAUUAAUGGUGAGACCUCCUUGUGAGUUACAACUGAUUCAAAGACUAAGUCAAGAAAGUGGAAAAUCGGGAAACUGGAACGAGAAUGAAAAUCAAUGUGAGAUGAUCGAUGGUAAGCAAUCUUUUAGCAUUAAUGCCAAGAAAAUGAGAGCAACUACAAGGGAUCUGAAUUGCAUGACGCCAUUAUAUAAUCAAUUCCAUUCAGAAAACAAUGUAAAACUGGAUCUGGCCAUGUCUAUUUGAUCUGGUCGACUGCAUAUGUAGACAAUUCGAUCUUCUAUAUUUAGUUAAUGUUAGUGUUGAGGAUUCUUAUGGUUUAGUAAUAAUGUUCUAGACCUUGUUCAGGUGUUAGAAUGUUAAAUAAAAAUGAUUAAUUCUGAGUCCCUAACUACUGCCUAACAUUGUAACAGUCUGAAAGUGUUUCAGUGUCAUGUAGAAACUUCCAUGAAUUUUUUUGAAGGCAUUGCUUCGGACUUCAAAGAGUUUCCUACAUGUCCAUAAAAUCUAAUGUAGAGAGAAGCAGCUUAGACAUUUGUCUGAAUAGAUAUGCUUUAUUCCUAGUAGGUUCACUUUGGACAAUUUUGUUGUAGAUGGCACGAAAUCUUUCCUAAAUGUUUCUCAAGCUUCCCUAUUUUUCAAACUUUGAUUUUGAGAAAACUUAUGAUUAAAUAGAAUGGCCUUUUAUGUUUU